AUGAACAAGGUACAAAAAUGGGCUUCUCAUAUCAAACGCCAAAAAUGGGUCUGGGAUGAUGUGUACUCAGUUGGGGGAAUAAACCAUCUCACUAAUCUUUUCCACGACAUAAUACCUCUUCAAAAGCCGCUGCCAAGUCUCUACGGAUACAACUUCAUUUUCAACAACCAAACCAACUCUCUUCUUGGAUCAGACGGUUAUGACAACUACCAAGCACCAAUGGACGAUGAAAACCAUCAGCUUUUCCGCAGACGAAUGUGGGUCGGAGGCUCACUAGACUACUUGGGCCCUCUUCCCACGACAAACGAUUUAGUUCGGUGUGAAGAACGGAUUCGGAACGUCCGAACCGUGGGAAGUAGUGUUUUCGUCACCAUCAUGCGGUCAUUCACAUGCAAGGACAGCCCAGUUAUGACCGAACAACGAACUAUAAUGUACACCAACGAAGCGUUUCAGCCGACACUUAAACAAGAAGUCCAUCAAAACCCGAAUGUCUCAGAUGGCGUACAGGACUCCACAUCCUGUACUUUCCGGCUCCUGGAUGUAAUGCGUUUCAGUGCACUCUCAUACAACUUGCACAAAAUACAUUAUGACCGUCUGUACUGUGCAUCGGAGAACUUGCGAGAUGUUGUGGUUUCUGGCCCGCUUCUAGUGCUGGUGAUGCUCCAUUAUGCGGCCACUAAGCUUCCAGACCUUCGAAUACAACGCUUUUCGUAUCGCAACAGCCUGCCAUGCUACAUUGACGAAGAAGUUCAGCUUGUUCUCAAUAAACAUGAUGACGAUGCAUAUGAAAUUGCUGUGAUGAAAAAGGGGCUUCUGCUUAGCGGCGGCAUAAUAACUCCCCAAGGAAGUGGUUAUGCAUGA